AUGGCCCGCGGCUGCCUGCGCGCCGCCGCCGUCCUCUUGCUGCUGAUCUUAGAGGAGCAGCCCUGCGUCGCAGCUCCGCUGAACGAGAAGAACUGGUCCAAGAAGUACCCGUCAUGUGGGGGCCUGCUGCAGUCCCCGAUAGACCUGCACAGUGACAUCCUCCAGUACGAUGCCACUCUUGCACCCCUCCAGUUUCAAGGUUACAAUGUGUCUACUGACAAGCUGCUGAACCUCACCAAUAACGGCCAUUCAGUGAGGCUGAACCUGAACUCGGACAUGCACAUCCAGGGCCUCCACUCCCACCAAUACAGGGCUGAACAGCUGCACCUGCACUGGGGGAACCGCAAUGACCCCCAUGGCUCUGAGCAUACGGUCAGUGGGAAGCACUUUGCUGCCGAGCUGCACAUUGUCCAUUAUAACUCAGACCUGUACCCUGACUUAAGCACCGCCAGUGACAAGCCAGAUGGCCUUGCCGUCCUAGCUGUUCUCAUUGAGAUGGGCUCCUUCAAUCCAUCAUAUGACAAGAUCUUCAGUCACCUUCAACAUGUGAAGUACAAAGGCCAACAAAAGCUUAUCCCAGGGUUCAACAUUGAAGAACUGCUUCCUGAGAGGCCUGACGAGUACUACCGCUAUGAGGGGUCCCUGACCACACCCCCCUGCAACCCCACUGUACUCUGGACCAUUUUCCGAAACCCUGUGCAAAUUUCCCAGAAUCAGUUGCUGGAUUUGGAGACGGCUCUGUACUGCACACAUGUGGGUGACCCUUCCCCCAAAGAAAUGAUCAACAAUUUCCGGCAGGUCCAGAAGUUUGAUGAGAGGCUGGUGUAUAUCUCCUUCCGACAAGAGGGAAUCCUUCCGGACACAGAACUGAGUGUGGGCAUCAUCCUUUCAGUGGCCCUGGCUGGCGUUCUUGGCAUCUGUAUUGUCCUGGCAGUGUCUGUUUGGCUUUUCAGAAGGAAGAAGAGCAAAACAGGUGACAAGAAGGGAGUCAUUUAUAAACCAGCCAUCAAAAAGGAGUCUGAGGCCGAUGCCUGA